GUGAAAAAAAAAAAGUGAGGGUAUAAAGGCAACACAAUAAGAGACAUUUCCUCAAAUUUGCAUCGCGAUGGAAACCUUUUGCCUCAAGGUGGCCUUUUGGGUAGCGCUGGUUGGAUGUGUAAUCAGUGAUCAUCCUGAGAGCUACAGCACAAACGUAAGCACUCCAGUGGAUGACUUCACCAUUUUUCAUGGGACAGAACUCAACUUCCUGGUUACCACUCAUCGACCCACUAAUUUGGCCCUACCUAGCAAUGGUUCAAUGCACAAGUACUGCCCGCAGCAGACUAAGAUUACUUCAGCUUUCAAAUACAUUAACACUGUGAUAUCUUGUACUAUUUUCAUCGUGGGAAUGGUGGGGAAUGCAACUCUGCUCAGGAUCAUUUACCAGAACAAGUGUAUGAGGAAUGGCCCCAACGCGCUGAUAGCCAGCCUUGCCCUUGGAGACCUUAUCUAUGUGGUCAUUGAUCUCCCUAUCAAUGUGUUUAAGCUUCUGGCCGGGCGCUGGCCCUUUGAUCACAAUGACUUUGGCGUAUUUCUUUGCAAGCUAUUCCCCUUUUUGCAAAAGUCCUCGGUGGGGAUCACCGUCCUCAAUCUCUGCGCUCUCAGUGUUGACAGGUACAGGGCAGUUGCCUCCUGGAGUCGAGUCCAGGGAAUUGGGAUUCCCUUGAUCACUGCCAUUGAGAUAGUCUCCAUCUGGAUCCUUUCUUUUAUCCUGGCCAUCCCUGAAGCUAUUGGCUUCGUCAUGGUGCCCUUUGAAUACAAGGGUGAACAGCACAAAACCUGUAUGCUCAAUGCCACGUCAAAAUUCAUGGAGUUUUACCAAGAUGUAAAGGACUGGUGGCUCUUCGGGUUCUAUUUCUGCAUGCCCUUGGUGUGCACUGCGAUCUUCUACACCCUUAUGACCUGUGAGAUGUUAAACAGAAGGAACGGCAGCUUGAGAAUUGCCCUCAGUGAGCACCUUAAACAGCGUCGAGAAGUGGCAAAAACAGUUUUCUGCUUGGUUGUCAUUUUUGCUCUUUGCUGGUUCCCUCUUCACUUGAGCCGCAUUUUGAAGAAAACUGUGUACGAUGAGAUGGACAAGAACCGAUGUGAAUUACUUAGUUUCUUGCUACUCAUGGAUUACAUCGGCAUUAACUUGGCAACCAUGAAUUCAUGUAUAAACCCCAUAGCUCUAUACUUUGUGAGCAAGAAAUUUAAGAAUUGUUUCCAGUCUUGCCUCUGCUGUUGCUGUUACCAGUCCAAAAGUCUGAUGACCUCAGUCCCCAUGAAUGGAACAAGCAUACAAUGGAAGAACCAUGAACAAAACAACCACAACACAGAGCGGAGCAGCCAUAAGGACAGUAUUAACUAAACAUCUUAAGAGAUAUUAAUCAAUAAUCCUUCAAAUUCUAUUGGAGACAAAAAAAAAAACACACAGCAACUGUGUUUCCAGAAAUCUUUUCUCCAAUCCUUCUCCCGUGACUCAGCCCCAAACCCAGAAAAAUGCUUUCCAAAACAUCGGAGGGUAGACUGGUUAUGGUCACAAAUUCAAUGAAUCUUACUUCUUUAAUUUAUCUAAUUUACAUAUUCUGCAUGUUAUAUUCCGCACUAAAAAAAUGGUGGGAGUUGGCAGGGGGAAAGGAGACUGUUCAACUAAAUCAGAGGGAUAAAAAAAACUUUUGCAUGAAAAUAGAGUCUUCCAGUACAUAACAGCUUCCCUGGCAGUUCUGUGGAAUGUCCAGUGAGAACUGGUUACAGUGAAAAUUUAGCGAUUAUGACAAGAUUUUCUAUUUUUUUGAAUUGGCCAGACACAGUAAGGUGAGCAAUCAGGUUAAUGCUUUUCAUGUCACUUUUUUAUUUUUUAAAACAUCAGUUCUCAAGCUGCAGCAGAUAUAGGCACUUAAAGCCCAGACUGAUAUCCACAUGUGGCAGUGUAAUAGCCGCUAUUCAAAGAAUUUUUAAGAACCUGUAUUUUCUUUUGUAAUGGUGUUUCAUUACAGGAGAUCUGGAGCAUAUUUUUAUGUUAAAUUUUAAAAUAAUGCUUGAAUCAAAUAGUUCUAUUUUUCACAAGCCCAAUCUUUUUUACUGUAGAUAUUUUAUGUAAAAUCAGUAUCAUGUACCAAAAUUUAAAUGUGUGUAUCAUUCAACCAUACCUAAGACUUUCAGUGGAAUGUAUUGAUGUCUAAAGCACAACUAGUAGAAAAAGACUGAAUGUUUUUAGAAGACUUGGAAAUUUUCAUUGAAGGGAUUUUUUUUUGGUAAUAGUAACAUGUAUGUGUGUAUUUGGUAAUAGCAACAUGUAUGUGUUUUUUUUUACAUAUAUGUACACAUACAUAUAUGUUUUACAUAUCACCUCAUAGUCUCUUGAUUUCUCUAAAAAUGUUAACUGUCGGUAAGACUUUUUUGGUCAUUCCCUUUUCCAUAUAAGAAACCAUUUAAAGUGGCCAGCUGAGUUUAUCAUGUCAGUGAAAUAUAAUUACCCCCAAAUGCCACCAUGAACUUACAGUUCUUCAUUUCUCUGGGUUUCCAGUACGAAUCUAAACACCUCCCCCACCCCCACUUCUCACAUGGUCACCAUUUCAAAGGGCCCACAGUGACUUUUGCUGGGCAUGUUCCAAGAUGUUUACAGACUGUGAGUACAGCAGAAAAUGUGUAUAUAAAUAUAUAUAAACAACUGUACAUUUCUUUUAGCC